AUGGAUCAAGACCUGGAGCAAACAGUGAAGACGUGUGAGGCUUGCCAACAGCAUGCGAAGGCUCCAUCUCAUGCUCCUCUCCACCCAUGGGAAUGGCCUGUACAGACGGCUACAACGCAGGUCACGGUGGAGAAACUGCAAGUGUCUUUUGCAGUGCAUGGGUUGCCAGAUGUGGUUUUGUCCAACAAUGGCAGUUGCUUUACAAGUAGUGAAUUUGCCAAGUUUUGUGCGGCGAGAGGAAUUGUUCUAAUAACAUCCUCUCCUUAUCACCCUUCAUCAAAUGGGCUAGCAGAAAGAGCUGUGCAAACGCUCAAACAAGGUCUACAAAAGAUUGACAAAGGCACAAUCCAGGAGAAAUUGGAAACUUUUUGA